CAUCUUUUUUCUUCCUUUCUUUCUUGUCAUAUCACACCUCAAAGCGGCUUGAGGUUCCCCCGACGGAUUAAGUACACUUAAACAGGACUUCCCCUCUGCGAAAGAAGGUGGAAAUAGCGCGACUUUUAUCGUAGGAGUUCCAGUUUCUUGGAGGCGCCGCAUACGUCGUCAGAAGGAGAGCAGGAGUUUUGUCUCUGGGACGUUGCUGGAUUUUAGGUUGUGGGGUGACACUCUGCAUCUCGUCUUCCAGCUCGCACGGAGCUAUGAUGAUGAUGAUGAUGAUGAGUCUCCUGCUGGCAUCAAACCUACAACCUUCCAGUCGCAACACGGUGUCUCCAGCCAAUAGACACCGAGUCCUCCCACACUGAGUCCUCCCUCUAAAACAACCUGUUUUCACAUUCACACUACAUGGAUAAAAGAACAUUUCACCGGCGCGUGGAUUCGUCGUAGAACUUCAUAACUUUUGUGUCGAUGACGACAGGUUAAGCCUAUACGAUUAGUGUCAUGACUUCAUUCGUCUUUAAAAGCCCUCAGUUUAUAUGUUCCGAGGCUUUUCGUGCCUUUUGACACGUCUUUACUACGAUUUGAGGCACUUAAAAGAGUUUCAGCCUAAAUCUCGCCGGCUCUCAUGGGACUGAGGCAUUCGUCGCGGUGUUUGCUGCUACGGCGGAAGAUGGCGGAGGCGGACAGCUCAGAGCGGCAACAGCCUGUCAGGUCCCCGCUUUCCCAGUCCGCCCAGCCCUCCCCUCUGCCGAAACCAGUGCCUACAACCCAUCAUGUGCCCUGCAUUCCUCACACGCCUCAUGUAGCAGCGCUCGCCACCUGUCCUGGACGAGGCAAGAUUGCCAAGUUCGUAAGCCCGGAGGAAAUGACAUCAAGGGACUACUACUUUGACUCCUACGCCCACUUUGGCAUCCACGAGGAGAUGCUGAAGGACGAGGUGCGGACGCUGACCUACCGCAACGCCAUGUACCACAACAAGCAUGUGUUCAAGGAUAAGAUCGUCCUGGAUGUUGGCAGCGGCACAGGGAUCCUCUCCAUGUUUGCUGCCAACGCCGGUGCCAAACACGUGUACGGGAUCGAAUGCUCAAGCAUAUCUGAAUAUUCAGAGAAGAUUAUCAAGUCCAAUCACCUACACAACGUCAUUACCAUCUUCAAGGGCAAGGUGGAGGAGGUGGAGCUCCCCGUGGAGAAGGUGGACAUCAUCGUCUCCGAGUGGAUGGGUUACUGUCUCUUCUACGAGUCCAUGCUCAACACCGUCAUUUUCGCCAGGGACAAGUGGCUGAAGCCCGGAGGCCUGAUGUUCCCGGACCGAGCAGCUCUCUAUGUGGUGGCCAUUGAAGACAGGCAGUAUAAGGAUUUCAAGAUUCAUUGGUGGGAAAACGUGUAUGGGUUUGACAUGAGCUGCAUUCGCAACGUGGCCAUCAAAGAGCCUCUGGUGGAUGUGGUCGAUCCAAAGCAGGUGGUGACUAACGCCUGUCUCAUAAAGGAGGUGGACAUCUACACUGUGAAGCCGGAGGACCUGUCCUUCACCUCGGCUUUCUGCCUGCAGAUCCAGCGCAACGAUUACGUUCACGCUUUGGUCACUUAUUUCAAUAUGGAGUUCACCAAAUGUCACAAAAAGACAGGCUUCUCCACCGCUCCAGAUGCUCCCAGCACACACUGGAAGCAGACUGUGUUUUAUUUAGAGGACUACUUAACUGUCAAGAAAGGAGAAGAGAUAUUUGGCAGCAUCACCGUUAGACCCAAUGAAAAGAACGUGCGCGACCUGGAGUUCACCCUUGAGCUAGAUUUUAAAGGACAACUAUGUGAAGCUGCCAUUUCUCACGACUAUAAAAUGCGCUAGCAGCAAGCAGAGGCACCGGCGCAGGUCCGCCCCGAGGCAACCCCCCCCCCCCUGGACAAAGCUGGAGGACGAAGGCUGUCCAGGAAGCGGUCCAGCUGAUCAGGGUGGGAGGCAAACGGGUAUCUUUACUGGAUGCCGUCAAGUCUGCAUGGAAGCGAUGCACUCAGGAUGAGCGUCGAAUCUUCUCAGCGUCGUCACAGAUAGAGCCGGUCAGAAGUUUACAUACGGCCAUUGCGUAUACAGAUCCUUUGUUUGAAUGAUUUGAAAUAUCUGAAAAACAACAAAUAAAAGCUGGGUCUACCCGUUAAGAAAAUUGUUGAAAUAUUCAGACAAAGUGAUGCCACGAGCUUGUCGAUGUUUACCAUAGUGGAGUUGCCGUUUCUCUGCAACUUGUGAUGACACAUGUAUCCAAAUGAUGGACGUGUGUUUGAACCCGCAUGUAUAAUUUUGACCCAGCGCAAAUCUAAACUUGUGGACCAAAUUUUUAUUGUUUAAAAACGACAACAACAAAAAAAUGUCGAUCUAGCUAUCCUCGACACAACCUGUGGUGCUUUUAACAUGAUUCGUUAAAAGCGCCAAAUGAGCAUGACAUUAAUUCGAAAGAUAAGCGUAUGUAAACUUCUGACAGCAAUCGUAAAAAUAAUGCAACCCCAUUGUUGAAUGUAACGGCGUACAAAAAACAUGACUUUUGCCUCGUUCUUAAGAGAUUCUUUGAUUUUUUUUUUUUCUUAAUGAGACAAAAAGCUUAGGAAUGAUUAUUUACCGUGUGCAAAUUGGAAACGUCAAACGUGAUUUCAGAAUCUAACAGGAUCUUACCGUAUAAAGCAGUCUCUACCACCUCUGUGGUUUCAGAUAAUAAUAAUAAAAGCAAGUAAUUUAAACUCAAAGCAAAUGUUUAAAUCAAGAUCUAUGGAUUGUAACAAUGACUGGGAAAUGAUAUGCUUACUGGCCCCUUUAUCCUCAAGUCAACGUCACCACAUAUUUAGUUCAUUAAAAACUAACAUGAGAUGUUGCAUUGUCAAAAAUAGUAAUAAUGUCAAAUUGAACGUAAGACUAAAACUGGAAAAAAAAAAAGUAAAAUCCAGAAAUUUGUGCCUGUGUAGAAAGUUUUUACCUUUUUUAAAUUAUUAUUUUUAAAUGCCAUAACCUUGGGUGUGAUUUGUAAACGAGGAGACUGGAUUUGCAUGGGACUCCACAGACAGGCUCUGUUGUUGUUUUGCAUAGAAAGUAAGAUGAGUCAUCAUUUCCUGUUUGUGGUUUUUGGGUUGUGGAGUGAGGGGCGGCGGGGGCAUGGGGGAGCAGGCGUUGGCCAUCAAUUCCAGAGAUAUAGAAAAUGCUGCUUCACAUAUUUCUUUUAUUGUCACCAACUCAGAACAAAAUGUGUUUAGGCUUCAGAAAAAAAAAAAAAAAAAAAAACGCAGGAAAAUGUCUAAGACAACAAAGAAACACUGAUGCAAUAUGUCUUGGGUCAUUCUUUUGAAAAAUAGGAAGACCCACGAAAAUUGAA